AUCUCGGGACCAAUCAGAGCAGCUGGCGGGUGUUGGGUUGUUGUGGCACGGAGGGUCUACAGUCUAUGGCUGUCACACUUGUUUUAAACGUGUCAAACAUUAUAACGUUACUUCACCAUGGCGUCGUUUGUGACCGAAGUACUCGCCAGCUCCGGCAAACUGGAGAAAGAGGACCUGUCCGGCAAAAUAAGCAAAAUGUCGCGCAAGGUGGAGGAUACGAAGGAAGAAGUAUGUGACAUGAUAAAUAAGAGAUAUGGUGACUUCCUACCCAGUCUCCAAGGAUCUGAGGAGCUAAUGGUGCAGGUGGAGGAGGUCGCCAAAGAAAUGGAUGUCCUUAAAAAUUGCAUUGAGAAUGAGGUACAACAAAACAUCCAUGUGGCUGUGGCGGAGUAUGCAAAACUGAAGCAGCAGUUGGAGAAAAAUACCAUCAUCAUAAAAAUGCUAGGAUACAUAAAAGAGUUUCACAAUGCAAUGGAGGAGUUUAGCAAAGCUUUACAAGAGAAGAAGUAUGUUGAUGCAGCCAACCAGCUGGAAAGGGCAAGAGCCAGUGUGGAUUCAUUGAAGGGUUGGAAGACUUCCCAGCUGCCUCUGCUCAGUACUCUCAGCUCAGAGCUGACAGUGCAGAGAGAAAACUUAAUUUACCACAUGGGAGAUGAAUGGAAACGCCUCGUCAUCUGGAGAUUGCCAUCCUCAAAGGAGCCUGCAGGUCUGAAGUCCUUCCUGAAGGUUGAGCUGAAGCUGAGCCAUCCCUGCAGUAAAGAGGUUGAACCCAAACCCCCUGCUUUGUUGUGCUCUGUCCUGCAGGCUCUGGCCAUCCAAGGAGACCUUCAGCACAAGAUCAAACUCUUCAGUCAAGUACUGUUGAAGAACAUGUUGAAGCCGUUGGUGGUGUACCCGUCACUGUCAGUGAAGGUAACAGAGCAGCAGGGUGAGGGAACUUUCCUGGCUUUAGAGUGUUUGGAGGAGAGCCGAGAUGAGCGAUCCACACCGUCACAGGUCUACAGGAAACUGCUCCUGGUGCUCAAGACACUGCACUCACACCUGCUAGACGUGUCCAUUGGUGCUAAAAAGCUCUCAACUAUCUUGGGGGAGCUGAUUUGGGAGGAACUUUCCCAGUGCAUCAUCAACGAGUGUCUGCUCUAUUCCAUCCCCACCAACAGCAGCCAGCUAGAGAAAUAUAAAAGUGUGAUCAAGGAAACAGAGGAGUUUGAAAAGUCCCUGAAAGAGAUGGAAUAUCUGCAGGGCGACUCCACAGACUUGCUCAAAUAUGCCAGAGACGUCAACUGUCACUUUGCCAGCAAGAAGUGCAAGGAUGUCAUUGUAGCCGCCCGCAAACUCAUGACCUCCAAGAUGCACAACACUGUCAAGAUUACACCAGACUCCAAGCUGCGUCUCCCCAAGCUCCCUGCUCCAAGUUCAGAGCUGAAGGUGAAGCAGGAGGCCACAAAGGAGGAGAUCACGAUGGAGAACACAAAGCAGCUGUCAGCGUGGAGUCUGUGUCUACCAGCCUGUCGCAUCAGUGAGUCAGUGCAGCAGCUGAUGGAGCUGACACUCAACACUCUAUGUGAGGCUGUCGGAAGCUCCACACAAUGUGCUUUACAACUCUUCUUCACUGUGAGAAACAUUUUCCAGCUGUUCUAUGAUGUUGUGCCAACAUAUCACAAGGAGAACCUGCUCAAGUUCCCUCACCUGGCUGCCAUUCAACACAACAACUGCAUGUACCUGGCCCACCACCUGCUCACUCUGGGGCACCAUUUCAGAGCUCAUCUGCCCCAGCCCCUCAGCGAGGGAGUUGCAACAUUUGUGGACAUGGUGCCCGGUUUCAGGAAACUGGGUGCCCAGUGCUUCUUAGCUCAGAUGAAUGUGCAGAGAGCUGAACUGUUGGAGAGACUUUCCACUGCUCACAACUUCUGCAAUCUGGAUGACGAAGAUAAUUACAUUGCAGCGAGCAAAGCUGUGAGACAGGUGAUUCAUCAGUUGAAGCAGUUGGGUACAGUAUGGCAGGACGUCCUGCCCGUCAGCAUCUAUUGUAAAGCCAUGGGCAACCUCCUCAACACUGCCAUCACUGAAGUCAUUGCCAAAAUCAUGAUGCUAGAGGAUAUUUCCUCUGAGGAUGGGGAGCACCUACACACUCUGUGCCAAACCAUCAUCGAGGAAGGUCCGCUCGUCUUCAUCCCUUUGGCUGAGGAAAAGAAGAACAAGAAAUAUCAGGAGGAAGUGCCGCUCUAUGUGAAGAAGUGGAGCACCUUCAAGGAGCUGGUCAUCGUGCUGCGGGCCAACCUGCAGGAGAUUGUUGACAGGUGGGCUGACGGUAAAGGUCCUUUGGCGUUGGAGUUCUCCAGUUCAGAGGUGAAGAAUCUGAUCCGAGCCUUGUUUCAGAACACAGAGAGGAGAGCUGUGGCUCUGACCAAAAUCAAAUGAACACUUGGAGCUAACGACCAACAAGACGAUACUGCAGCACUUCUUCCUCUGUGGAAAACAGGAUUUGUGUCUUAAAUCAUUUCCAUUCUCUGCUAUGUACAUUAAAUAUAUUACUACUCUAUUCCUUUAAGUAAACCACAUGGUGAUAUUAAUUAAUACUGAGACUUACAGCAGCAGCAGAUAAAGGAUGUGAUGCCAUUAAACACAACAUAACUGUCAAGUACAUUUUCUGUCUGCUAACACAGACACGUCCAUGUAUGGAGUUGGAACUGUUUGAUUGUCUCUGGGAUUAUAAACUGAUUGUAAUCAAUCUGUGGGAUAUUAUUCUUCUUCUCAUCAGACUCUAAUCAGUCCCACAGAGAUUACACAAAGGCGUCUUUACAUCCGCCUGCAGACUCAGUCGUAUAGCUUUGCUUCAGGGGGGGGGUUUAACCAUGACAGAGCCAACUGAGGUUGUGUAACCGGCGGCUUGCCAUCUGUUGACAUGUGAUGUGGCAUCAAGGGUUCAUUUUGUUGGUCAAACUUCAUCUGUGUUGCAGUGAGCUUGUGUCGGAGGUCUCUGUUGUUCUGUGCUGGUGUCAUUUCAGGAGAAAGAGUUUGCUGAGUUGGUUCAGAUCUCAACGCCUCUAAAUGAACUUAUGGCUCUAACGAAGAUUUCCCGAAACUUGCAUCUCAUAAAAAUCUCCUUGUAAAAGCAGUGAAACUAAACUUGUCUAUAAUGUAUUUAUUGUAUCUCAAAAUAAACCAAAAGAUGCAACUUUU